AGGGCUAAUCGAGUCCUCGGUUAUGCUGUUGCAGCUCACUCUCCUGUCUGUCUGCCAUGUAAGCUUCACACACCUCUAACACGAACGAGUGAAGAAGAAUGGCCAACACGGCACAUCUAGUUCGCCGCCAGAGCUCCCAGAACUUGAAUCCGCAGCGAUCUUUGGACCGUCUCGAGAUGAAGGAACUCCGUGGACGACUCGUCGUGGAGAAUGGAAACUCUAACCUGUCCCACAACUAUGGUGCCACAAAUGUGGCUUUCGAUGACACCAGUCCCAACACUAAGACGGGAAAUGUUAGUGGUGGCAGUAAACUAGGUUCUGGUGAGGGUAAACAAGUGUUCAGACCCGAAGGUGGUGACGAAGAACGAGAGUCAUGGGACAGCAAACUCACCUUCCUAUUGGCUACUAUUGGUUAUGCUGUUGGUCUUGGCAAUGUCUGGCGCUUCCCAUAUUUGGCCCAAAAGAACGGUGGUGGUGCAUUCCUGAUCCCAUACUUUGUAAUGCUGGCAAUUGAGGGUAUUCCUAUCUUCUACCUGGAGUUAGCAAUUGGACAACGACUGAGGAAAGGUGCAAUUGGAGUAUGGAACCAGGUGUCACCCUACCUGGGUGGUAUUGGUAUCAGCAGUGCUUUCGUGUCCUUCAACGUAGCUCUGUACUACAACACCAUUAUCGCUUGGUGUCUCUUCUAUUUCGUCCAGAGUUUCCAGUCUGAACUGCCAUGGGCAACUUGCCCUAACAAGUACUAUGCCAAUGGGUCAUACACUGUGGAGCCAGAAUGUGUGACUAGCACCCCAACACAGUACUUUUGGUAUCGGUCUACCCUCAUGAUUUCUGAGGACAUUAAUAGUCCAGAAGCUUUCAACUGGAAGAUUGCACUGGCUCUUAUGGUCGCAUGGGUUCUGGUCUACAUGUGCAUGAUCAAAGGGAUUGCUUCUUCUGGAAAGGUUGUGUAUGUGACUGCAACAUUUCCAUACAUUGUCCUUAUCAUCUUCUUCUUCCGUGGUGUUACACUGAAAGGGAUGUCAGAUGGAUUACGCCAUUUGUUCACACCAAAGUGGUGGACGCUGACAGAUCCUGUUGUGUGGCUGGAAGCAGGGACACAGAUAUUCUUCUCUUUGGGACUUGCUUUUGGUGGCCUUAUUGCCUUCUCAUCUUACAAUCCUGUCAAUAACAACUGUUAUCGGGAUGCCGUCAUGGUCUCCCUCACAAACUGCUUCACGUCCAUGUUUGCUGGCAUUGUUGUCUUCUCUAUCAUAGGUUUCAAAGCAACCAUGAUUUAUGAGCGUUGCCUGGAAGAACGAAAUUUAACCUUGGCCUCUCUGGGAAUGAGCUCUCUUGAAUUGACUUCUCUUCCUCCUGAAGGCACCAUCAUCUAUAUGGGGAAUAAUGAAACUCAAGUCAUGCCAACUAUCCCAGAGUGUGAUCUGCAAAAGGAGCUCGAUAAUUCAGCCUCUGGAACAGGUCUGGCAUUCAUAAUCUUCACAGAGGCAAUAAAUCAGUUCCCAGGUGCACAAUUCUGGUCCAUUCUAUUUUUCCUCAUGCUGUUCACUCUUGGGAUUGAUUCCCAGUUUGGGACAUUAGAAGGAGUCGUGACGUCCAUAGUGGAUAUGAAGCUCUUUCCAAAUCUUCGGAAAGAAAUACUCACAGGAGUGCUAUGUCUCAUCUGCUGCAGUAUCUCAAUGGCCUUUGCGCAUGGAGCUGGGAGUUAUGUUUUCAUCCUAUUUGACAACUUUAGUGGCAAUUUCCCGCUCCUCAUCAUUGCAUUUUUUGAGUGUAUUGGUGUGUCAUAUGUAUAUGGAUUAAAAAGAUUUGCUGAUGAUAUUGAGCUGAUGACGGGACGACGUCCAGGUCUCUACUGGCUUGUCUGCUGGAAGUAUUUGUCUCCUCUAGCCAUGCUGUCCAUCUUAGUGGCUAGUUUUGUGGAGAUAAUUGUGGAUGGCAGUGGUUACCCAGCUUGGGUGUCCAGCAAGGGUGUUACUGAGCGACAUGAGUGGCCAGUAUGGGCCCUCGUCUUGAUAGCGUUCCUGAUUCUCAUAUCUGUACUUUGGAUUCCUGUGGUUGCAAUAUGCAGGGCCUUUGGGAUCCUGAUUAUUGAAGACAAUGACAAAGCAUGGUUCCCAAGUGAGGACUUGCGGGAAUUUCAUGGCAUUGUUCCUCACCAGGUGACUACAGCUGAAAAGACACUGUUCUGCAUCCGAGAGGAUGGAUCUGAAGGACUCUGUUGUCCUGUUGGUGGUGUUGAUGAGGAUGACACCUAGUGUCACUUUCUAGAAGCUGUACUUCAGCCUGCCAGAAUACCCAGCUCCCCUUGGUAAUGUGCAGAAAACACCGUAUAAUUAGUCAUAAGGUGAAUUAAAUUGUAAAUACAUGUUGAAAGAAACUGGAACUCUCUUAUAAUAUGUGACUGGAGAAAAGAAGUCAAACUUUAUGCAGUCAAACAUAAGUGUUUCACUUCUCUAGUUAUAUACUGUAGUACCAUAUAUUUUAUUUGGGAUGUUACGAGGAGCCAUCCAUAAGUUACAAAUAAAUUAACAUUAUUUUAUUACACCAUUUUAAAAUGCAGAUUCCUAAACAAAAUUACAUACGUGUACUACACUUUGGCCUAAUAGUCAUAAAUUAAAAAAAAAUAUAUCAUUUGUUGAAUUCCUGACUAAAACACAAAGGAAUAUCACAUUAAGCAAUAAUAUAUUUAUAUGGACAACCUGAAUUACCUGGCUCAUAUCCCAGUUGAGUAGUAAAUUUACAUACAUGGCAACGUGAAGUGUGUCGAUCUUGUUCCUUUGGAUUGUGACUUCUUGUGGAGCUGCAGUAUGCAGUGAUGCAAUCCAGAAGAGCAACCUUCAAGACCUUCAUUGCUGUGACAACCUCAAUUCUCAUUACAUGAAUUAUAUUUACGUGGUGGCUUCUGGGUUAUCGCACCAUGUAGCAUUUUGUCUGUGUGCCAGUGUUUUGGAGCCACAUAGUUCCUCCAUGUUCAUGAGUCGGCAUAUCUCAUUCAGUAUAGUGAAUGGCUACGGACUGGACGACCGGGGUUUAAUCCCCAACGGGGGACAGAAGAUUUUUCCUCUAGCCUUUGCAUCCAGACCAGUUCUGGGGCCCACCCAGCCUCCUAUUCAAUUGGUACCGGCGUCCU